AUGUCCAGUGUGUCCGAGGAGAGAAGAAAAAGGCAGCAGAACAUUAAGGAAGGACUACAGUUUAUACAGUCACCGCUGUCGUAUCCAGGAACACAGGAACAAUAUGCGGUAUAUUUACGUGCUCUUGUGAGAAAUCUUUUUAAUGAAGGAAAUGAUGUUUAUCGUGAACGUGAUUGGAACCACUCUAUAAGUCAGUAUUCAGAAGCUUUGAGUAUAGCUGAUUAUGCAAAGUCUGAAGAAAUUUUAAUCCCUAAAGAAAUCAUUGAAAAACUAUAUAUAAAUCGUAUUGCUUGCUAUUCCAAUAUGGGUUUCCAUGAUAAAGUUUUAGAAGACUGUGAUACAGUCCUCAGUUUAAAUGCCAGUAACUACAAAGCUCUGUAUCGGAAAUCUAAGGCUCUAAGUGAUUUAGGAAGAUUCAGAGAGGCUUAUGAUGCUGUAGCAAAGUGCUCCUUGGCAGUGCCUCAGGAUGAACAUGUAAUAAAACUAACUCAAGAACUAGCUCAAAAAUUGGGAUUUAAAAUAAGAAAAGCAUAUGUUAGAGCCGAGCUCUCACUAAAAUCAGUUCCUGGGGAUGGGGCUACAAAGGCUUUGAACUGUUCUGUGGAAGAUAUUGAACCAGAUUUAUUAACUCCGAGGCAAGAAGCACUUUCUGUUGUUUCUAUACCCGCAUCCAGUUUUUCUCACCAAGUUGGAAAUGAGCUGGCCUCAGUUUCCAUUAUGCCCUUGACUUCUGUUUUGCCACUGCAAGUGGAAGAGAGUUCUCUGCCAUCGACGGUGUUGGCAAAUGGAGGAAAGAUCCCCUUCAGCACGCCGGAAGCGUUUUUAGAUGAUGGAGAUAUGGUCCUCGGAGAUGAAAUAGAUGAUCUCCUGGAUUCUGCACCUGAAACUAAUGAAACCGUCAUGCCGUCAGCCUUAGUCAGAGGCCCCCUCCCAGCUGCCAGCGUUGGCCCGAGUGUCCCCUUCUCGGCGGCGUCUCUUUUGGGCGCCUUGCCCAUCGGGGCAAGGUACGCACCUGCGCCCUCCUUCUCGGAGCUGUAUCCACCGUUGACUUCAUCCUUAGAAGAUUUCUGUUCUUCUUUAAAUUCAUUUUCAAUGAGUGAAUCCAAACGAGAUCUGUCCACCUCAACUUCUAGAGAGGGAACAGCGCUUAACAACAAUAAUUCUUCCCUUUUACUUAUGAAUGGACCAGGCAGUCUGUUUGCUUCUGAGAGUUUCCUGGGAAUUUCAAGUCACCCUCGGAAUGACUUUGGAAACUUCUUUGGGAGUGCAGUAACUAAACCCGCUUCCUCAGUGACCCCGAGACAUCCCCUUGAAGGAACCCAUGAACUGAGACAAGCUUGCCAGAUUUGUUUUAUGAAAUCAGGCCCUAAGCUAAUGGAUUUCACUUAUCAUGCUAAUCUAGACCAUAAAUGUAAGAAAGAUAUUUUAAUUGGUAGGAUAAAGAAUGUAGAAGAUAAAUCAUGGAAAAAAAUACGUCCAAGACCAACAAAAACAAAUUAUGAAGGCCCUUAUUAUAUAUGUAAAGACGUUGCCGCUGAGGAGGAAUGUAGAUAUUCAGGCCACUGCACAUUUGCUUAUUGCCAGGAGGAGAUAGAUGUCUGGACGCUGGAGCGGAAGGGGGCGUUCAGCAGAGAGGCUUUCUUUGGUGGCAAUGGAAAGAUCAGCUUUACCGUGUUCAAACUAUUCCAGGAGCAUCUUGGAGAAUUUAUAUUCCUCUGUGAGAAAUGUUUUGAUCAUAAGCCUAGAAUGAUAAGUAAAAGAAACAAAGAUAAUUCUACUUCAUGUUCUCAUCCGGUUACAAAGCAUGAAUUUGAAGACAAUAAGUGCCUUGUCCACAUUUUGCGAGAGACAACAGUCAAGUAUUCCAAAAUACGUUCUUUUCAUGGCCAGUGUCAGCUUGAUUUAUGCCGACAUGAGGUUCGAUAUGGCUGUUUAAGGGAAGACGAAUGCUUUUAUGCACAUAGUCUCGUAGAAUUGAAAGUCUGGAUAUUGCAAAGUGAAACAGGUAUCUCACACGAUGAUAUUGCCCAGGAAUCUAAACGAUACUGGCAAAAUUUGGAAGCAAAUGUACCUGGAGCUCAGGUACUUGGCAAUCAAAUAAUGCCUGGAUCCCUUAAUAUGAAGAUAAAAUUUGUAUGUGCUCAGUGUCUGAGAAAUGGCCAAGUCAUUGAACCAGACAAAAACAGAAAAUAUUGCAGUGCAAAAGCAAGGCAUUCGUGGACCAAAGAUCGUCGUGCGAUGAGAGUGAUGUCUAUUGAACGUAAGAAGUGGAUGAACAUCCGUCCUCUUCCCACAAAGAAACAAAUGCCUUUACAGUUUGAUCUGUGCAAUCAUAUUGCUUCUGGGAAAAAAUGUCAGUAUGUUGGAAACUGUUCCUUUGCUCACAGUCCUGAGGAACGAGAAGUGUGGACCUACAUGAAGGAGAACGGGAUACAAGAUAUGGAGCAGUUUUAUGAACUCUGGCUAAAGAGCCAAAAAAAUGAAAAAAGUGAUGAUGCAGCCAGUCAGUCCAGCAAAGAGAAUGGAAAGCAAAUCCACAUGCCGACGGAUUACGCGGAAGUUACUGUGGACUUUCACUGCUGGAUGUGCGGGAAGAACUGCAACAGUGAGAAGCAGUGGCAGGGCCACAUCUCCUCCGAGAAGCACAAAGAGAAGGUCUUCCACACCGAAGACGACCAGUACUGCUGGCAGCACCGCUUUCCCACGGGGUAUUUUAGUAUUUGUGAUAGGUAUAUGAAUGGUACCUGCACAGAAGGAAGCAGCUGUAAAUUUGCACACGGCAACGCUGAACUUCAUGAAUGGGAAGAGAGAAGAGACGCCCUAAAGAUGAAGCUCAACAAAGCACGAAAAGAUCACUUAAUUGCCCCCAACGAUAAUGACUUUGGAAAAUAUAGUUUUUUGUUUAAAGAUUUAAACUAA